AAUUUUGCAAAAAAAAAAAUUUCAAAAAAACUUUCAGUUUUCCAUCCUAAUCAUCAAGUUCGGUUGUUUUUACUACUAGUUUUGGAAGAGGUUAAGAGAGUCCUAAAUCCUGAAAUUGAGCCGGAGAAUACAACAGAAAUUGUUGACAAGAUGGGAAAAGUGUCGACAAAGGAUAUUAAGGACAAAAGUAGACAUGUCCCGCUCUACAAGGACAUUGCUUCCACGGGAGGGAAAUUAAAAUCAUCACAGAUCAAAUCAAAAGUUUACAAAAAGCCUAGUGAACAGUCUAGCAAGAGUCAACUUGGCGAAGAAGAAGGUGACGGCAGAGACGAAUAUGACUUAGAUGCAGCAACGUCUCGUCGUGUGUUAAAGCUUGCAAAGGAACAACAACAGGAAAUUGAGGAUGAAGAGAAUUUUAAUGAGGUUGCAACCAAACCUAGAUUUCAAUUGAUAGAGCAUGAAUCUGAAGAUGAAGUUGAAAGAGAAGAAGAAGAAGAGGAGGAAGAUUAUGAAGUUGAAAUUGUUGACGAAGAUGAUUUGAAUCCAUCUGAAAUAGCAAUGUUUGAAACCUUCUUCAAAGCAAAGCAGGGAAAUAAUAUCCCAUUCCAAUCGAUCAAUCUCGCAGACAAAAUCAUGGAAAAAAUUGCUGAAGCCUCAAGCAACACACAACAAAUGGAUGACGAAGAAGAGGGAGAAGAAGAGGAGGAAGAGGGUAGAAAACCUGAUGGUGUAUACUUACCACCUAGGGUCAUUGAAGCGUAUCAAAAAGUUGGAGAAUCAUUGAGAGCUUGGAGACACGGAAAACUUCCGAAGCUUUUCAAGGUCUUGCCAACAAUCAAGAAUUGGGAAGACUUAUUAUAUGUUACAGCACCUGAAAUGUGGACUCCAAAUGCUGUCUACGAGGCCACAAGACUAUUUGUGUCCAACUUGACUGCUGCAAAAGCAGAAAAAUUUGUUACGUUGGUGCUCUACCCAAGAUUUCAUCAAGACAUUGAGGAGAAUGAAGAUCACAAGCUAAACUAUCACAUUUACAGAGCAUUGAAAAAAUCAUUAUAUAAGCCUGCUGCAUUUUUCAAGGGAUUUUUGUUCCAACUAGUUGAAGACCAAUGCUCUGUGAGGGAGGCGAUGAUUGCGGCAUCUGUCUUGAAGAAAACUUCAGUUCCUGUACAGCAUGCAGCAGUUGCAUUAUCUUGGCUAUUAGAACAAGAAUUUUCACCAGCGGCCACUGUUUUUAUUCGGGUUUUGAUUGAAAAAAGAUACGCAUUGCCUUACCAGACGAUAGAUGACCUAGUGUUCUACUUCAUGAGAUUCCGUGUCAUAACCGAUAACAAAUCUUCAUUUAAAAUAGAUAAUGAAGCAGAUGAUGUAAUGGACGAAGCAAACAUCGAUAUUACACAGCAGAGAAAGUUACAAGAGGCACCCCCAUUACCAUUGGUUUGGCACAAAGCUUUUCUUGCAUUUGCUCAAAGGUAUAAAAAUGAUAUUACCGACGAUCAAAGAGACUUUUUGAUGGAGGUCAUUAGACAACGUGGGCAUCGUGAAAUAGGGCCCGAGAUUCGUAGAGAACUUCUUGCUGGUAAGCCAAAGGAAUUUACUCUAGAGCCAACACAACAGAAAAUCGAUGAUGACGAUAUCAUGUCCUAUUUCUAAUGUUAAGAACUUUAAACUGAUAUAUAUAUAAU